AUGACAGACCACUUUAAUUGGCCAGCCUUGAAUAGAAAAGACUUAAUGUCGUUAUCCAAGAUAGAAUUUAAUGAAAAUGUUGGAUUAAAAAGACUUCAAAUUUAAAGAGAAUCUUCUUCACUAAGAAACGAAGAUAUAGAUGGUGCAAAAACAUUUUAUAGACAUACAAAGUAUAUGAACAAAGAAUCCUUUGUAAACAAAUGCGAUGAUAUUAAUGAAAAAGAGCGUAGUUCUUCUCCAAAAUACACAAAUUUAUAUUUUAUGAGAAUUGAUGAUAUUGAGGGAGCUCAAGCGAAAAAAAAAUUUGUAACAACUAGGAAUACAAAUCCACUAAAUCCUGUGUAUGUGCUUCCUACCAGCGCGUAUAUAGCUCCUUUUGAAAAUAAAUUUAUAAGAGAUACAUUAUAUGUUAAAGACAUAGAAGGAGCUACAGCAAAGCCUGAUACAAGGUAUUUAAAAGAAAGAAAUGUUAAUCCAUAUACUGAAGUAGAAGGCUCUCGUCCUCGAUAAAGAUUUAUACCUAAAGAUAAAAUAAACAGCUUAGAAGUAAAAGAUAUAAAUAACGAUGGUAUAUUCAAAACUACUCGUACAACUAAUCCUCUUGACCCAAAAUAUAACUUAUCAACACUUCUUAAAUCUGAUAUGAAUGUUUAAUAAGAAAUAUAAGAUUAUGGAUUUAUAGAUGGUAGUAAAUCUAGAAUAAGACACCCAAGCUUAAACAAGGAAAAAAGCUUUUCAUUAAAUACAAAAGAUAUACUUGGAGCUCAUGCCAAUGCAAUUCCUGAAAAAUUUAUCAAUUUAAAUAAUACUCGUAAAGAUUUCAUAAGCACCAACAAGAUAGAUGAUAUACCAGGAGCUUAAAAAAGCACACUGAUAAAAGGAAUUAUUACAAAAAGAUGUGUUGAUCCAAAUGUUCCUUAAUACUCAUUUCCAGGUCAUACAGAAGAUUUUUCUAAAUCAUAUAUUAAAAGAAAUAGAGUUUACUCUUAAAUGAGCCAAACUAAUUAGGAAAAUGAUUAAUAAAGGAAUUUAUCAGUUUAAAAGCGAGUUUAACUAGAGCCUUUAUCAAAUUAAAGCAGGGCAGUUACUAAUUCUAGAUCUUUAAGAUCGUAAAGUGUUCAUUCAUAAAAUGGAUAAAACGAAAACCUUAAUAAAACAACAUAUUCUACUUUCUAAGAUUAAGCACCUGCAAGAAAGCAGUUAGAAAGUGGUGGAAAUAAAAGUAUUAAGGCUGAGCAAACAACAAACGAGAGAGAGAAUAUCAAUCUUAAAAAUAUCUUAAAUGCAAACAGCAAUAAUCUAUUAUUAAAUUUAGAAACAAACGAUAUAUCAAUAAGUAAAUCCUAUAAUAAAAAUGGAAAUGUAGAUGGAUAUAAAACGAAUGCUUAAAAGUUGGAUUCAUUUAUAAAUAAGCACAACGAAUGA